CAAGUUGGAAGCAGAAGCUGUAAUCCUGAAGAGAUGGCACAGCCAGUUGAUUUCUGUGUUUUCAGUGUUCUGGUGACAGGAUCCGAUCGGGGGAUCGGCCUGGGUCUGGUGAAGAGGUUUCUGGAGCUGCCUUCUCCACCCAAAUGGGUCUUUGCUACAACUAUGGACCUGGAGGCAGAAGAAACCAAGGAGCUAAGAGAGAUGGUUUGCAGAUAUCCAAAUCUGGUGGUGUUGCAAUUAGAUGUUACUAAACCUGAAAGCAUCCAAGCUGCUCAGAAAGAAGUGGAGAAAUGUGUUGGAGAAGGUGGCCUGACCCUCCUAUACAACAAUGCUGGCAUUUGGAUCUUCAACGAUCUGCAAACAGAAAAUGCCAAGGAUAUGAUGAGAGUUUACUCUGUCAAUACCAUUGGUCCAUUGCUGAUGAGUCAGGCAUUCCUACCCCUGCUGAAGAAGGCAGCCCGGAGAAGCCCAUGUCAAGGGCUGAGCACCAGCAAGGCAGCUAUUAUUAACAUGUCCAGUAUUGGCGGCUCAAUUGAACUUAUGUCUUAUUUUGACCAAUAUCAAGUAAUUGGAUACCGCUGCUCUAAGGCUGCUGUAAACAUGCUGACCAAGUGCCAGUCUCUUGUAUAUUCAGCCGAUGGCAUCAUGAGUAUCACCAUGCACCCUGGAGUAGUUAAUACUACUCAAAAGCCAAAUCCGGGAAUCAGCGUGGAAGAGAGCACUCAAGGCAUCAUGGCUGUAUUGUCCAAGCUUUGUGAAGAGGACAACGGGACCUUUGUGGAUUAUUUGGGUCAUCGACUUCCCUGGUGAUCCAUCGGUCUCACCUUGAUGUCAUUAAC